AUGACCACCAAGACGGAGGAUGGCUGUGGUGAAACGCCGACAAAAGUUUACCGGCUACAUGAAGUACAACAACAUAAAGAUAAUUCUUCUACUUGGAUGAUUAUUGAUAAUAAAGUCUACGACAUUACUAAAUUCCUGGAUGAGCAUCCUGGUGGGGAGGAAGUAUUACUAGACCAAGCAGGUGGAGAUGGAACUGAACCAUUUGAAGAUGUUGGCCAUUCCAGUGAUGCACGGAUUAUGAUGAAAAAUUUUUAUUUAGGGGAACUUCAUGAAGAUGACAGAAAAGAAAGACCAAAAAUUUCAUUCCUCCCUCCCAACAGUGACCACAAAAUAAAACCUUCAGAGAUUUGUACAAAAUCCAACAAUUUUCUAUCUCUAUCAUCACCCACUCAACCAAUUGAAGUUCCGUUUAGCAGAAACAGUUGGACCAAUUGGAUUGUUCCUAUAGGAAUUGCACUUGCUGUAGCUCUACUUUACCGCUAUGUGACAUCACCUGGAUAUUCCUCUUAG